GACGGCGGCUCUUGUCAGUCUGCGCGCGAACCCGUGCGGGAUACGGUGGUUGUCGCGACGCCCGCGCAUAUAUACGUUACCAUGCCUCUAUAUUCCGAGCACAUUACGAACAUGUAUUAUGGUGGUUCACCUUCCUACACUAGCUCGCCUUACGGCUAUAGUGCAUCAAUUUCUUCACUUGGAUCGUCGUACAGUGCACCUUAUCUCAACCCGGGAUCGAGUUAUAGUACUCAUUCCUCACUUGGCGGUUACUCUCGAAUACCACCACUCACUACCAGAUGGAUUACAUCCUCUGGCAGAAGUUACUCGCCUAUGCUUAGCACUAUAUCAGAAAGAGGAACAUCCAGUCCUGUUCGAAUCAAUAGUCCGAGACGGAUACCCAUAAUGAAAAGGUCUUAUGGUAAUACUAGCUACGCCUCACGACCAAUAAACAUAAACACGGCUGAUAUCGAUGUUUCUAGAGAUAAAUAUCGCAAUAAAAAAAAGAGUCCGACACCAUCUCCAGUAAGAGAGGUCCCGAAUGAUGAUAAGGAUAGUAGUCCAUUUAUGCCACGAGUUGAUGGAAAACCUGAAACUGGCAUUGAUUCAUCGCCAGGGACAAAAAGAAGUACAAUAAAACGUGGAAGAACAGUUGUGAGACUUCAUACUGUGAAGAGAAAGGAGAGGGAUUCACCGCGCAAGCCUGUGAAUCCACAGGAGUCGGUGAAUACGAAUGAUGGAAAAAAUAUUACAAACGAAGAUUCCAGUGAUAGCUUAAAAUGGAGGGAAAAGCUCUCUGAAGAUCUUGUAUACAAAGGGAAAGUUAUUGAAAAGAAAACAUUAGGAACGAAGUUGGUAGAAAAAUUUCAGUUGAAGGAUAAAGAUAACAGUGACAAUUUAAUUUUAAAGGAAAAAGACAUAAUACCGAGUCCAUCUGAUGUGCCAUCUCCAAAUGUAGGCAGUUGCACAACUAAAUAUUCAGCGGAUAGAAGAUGUUCAAUGGAACUAUUAGCUGAGCAGGCAGAUCUAUUUGACACAUUGAUUAGAGGAGAAAAUCUCAGUACUGCUACGUUGGAUUUAACAAAAGUAGGUAUCGAAGAAGAGCCAAAAAAUAGGUUAGAUGCGAUUCAGUCUAUGAAAAGAAAAAACUCUAAUGAUUCAAAAAACCCAUUAAAAACAACGAAAUCAGAUCACUCAUUACAUAACAAUUUGAACUCUUUACAAGAUCACAGAGAUACUAAACCGUUGGCAAAGCGACGAAGUAUAAAAAAAUCUUCUUCUAGUAGUAGCAUUUGUAGGUUAGAUUCUAUUACUGAGUUUCCUAGAGAACCAAUACGUGCAGAUUUACAAGCAAUCAAAGAAAGUAAAAGGAUAUCAAUAAAGCGUGAUACUAUUAAAACAAAGCCAAAACCAAAGCUAAAAACAAAAAUUACGUCAACUGUGGAAGUUUCGGCCCCAACUAGCCCCUUAAAAUUUAAAGUGGAAAAUGUAACUAUUGAAGAAAAACCCCGUUCUCCUAAAAAGGAAAUAUCAUUUAGUAGUGUUAUAGAUAUGGAACUUACAACAGAAAACAAUAAAAAUAUACCUUCUGUCAGUGAAAAAAUAAAAUCUGGUAAUAGUAUUUCAGAAUCACCAGAACCUGAAGAUGGUAAUUUUUGGGAUAAAAUUGGAAAGAGAGAAACUAUUUAUUUAUUAAAAAGGAAACAAAACAUAGAACAAAAUAAAGAAAAGAACCGAAGGGCAUUAUUCUGGUAUCCUGAAGAAGAGGAUGUUGAGGAUGAUACGUAUAUUAAUAAAGACCAGAAUGAAAUAUGUGUUGAUAAUAAAGAAAUAUCAGAUGUUCAAUCAAGUUUUCAUGAGACUCAAAGUGAUUCCCUCAUGUUGACAAAUAAAUCUCUUUUAUUAAAUUUGCAGUCAAAUAAUCAGGAAAUAAUGGGAUCUACAGAAAUAUCAAAUCAAAAUAAAACUGAUUUAAAAGGUAAGACUGAAGAGACACAGUAUAAAUUAAAAAGUUUAGAACCAAAUAAACUAAGAAACACUGGUGAUCUAAUUAUAAAAGAAUCCCUCGAUAAGGAAAUUGCAAAAAAAGACAAUAAUACAUUGAUUAACGAUCCCACGAUUCUCACUUUUAAUAAUACAAUAAAAAAUAAAGACGUUAAUAUAAUUAACAAGGAUGUUAAAUAUGACACAAAUAAUAACUCAUGUAACGAAAUUAAGAAUAUAAAUCAUAACCAAAUUAUUCUAGAUACUACUAAAAUGGACACAGGUGAUAUUAAAGAAAAAUUGUAUUCUGAGAAAGAAUUGCAAAAUGUAGCCGAAAUUUCAAAAUCUGAUGAUACGAUAGUAGAAAUAAUGCCAAACACACAAAUUUUAGAAAAAAGUAUAUUAGACAAUACUAAUGAAGCUAGUGAUAAUACAUUGUAUUCGAGAAAUCGUAGUAUACAACAGAAAAUAGAUGAUAUGACUACAGAUAAAAAUAAACCAAAAAUAUUUAAAGGGAAUAGCAACAAAUGUAAUAACGCAAUAAUUCCAAAUGAAUCAGUAAAAUCAGAAAAAAUGAAAGCGGAUACCUUAAAAUUAUUAAGUGAUAAUUUGGAAGAAAGAAAACUAGAACAGAAUAUAGAAAAAGAUAUACCUGAUAAGACCCUGAAAAACAGUAAUACGAUUGCACCUACAGAUCAAAAAUGUGUAAAAAAUAAAACGCAACUUACGGCGGUUAAAGAAAAUGAAAAGAGUAAAGAAAAAGUAAAAGAUACAAGAAAUAUUAAAAAAAGUAACACAACAAUUCAACCAGAAAAAAAUGUACGACUCCCAGAAGCAAACAAAAUAGAUGUAGCAAAGAAUAGAGUGAACGAUAAUUUUACACAUAAAAUAUGCAGCAAACAUGAAAACAAAACAAUAGAAUGUACAAAUAAUUCUUUAAGCACAUCAUGUCCUAAUGAUAUAAAAGAUGUUGAUGUUAUGUUUAGUAACAUAGUUUCACCAUCUCCAAAUAAAGCUUCUGAAAAUAAUAUGGAUAAUAGUAAGCCUCUAUCAAGUCUUAAAAUCAAUAGAAACACAGAAGAAAUUUCACUUGCUCAACCAUCAGAUGAUGUAAAUCUUAAAGAUUUAAAAACUAUUCAUAAUGUACCAGAAGUCAAAGUAUCAGAAAACAUUCCAAAAGAAAAUGAAUUGAAAAAUAAACAAGACGACAAUGAGACUGAAAAUCGCCAUGAUGAGAUAGUACAACUAACGAAAACUAAAGAACCAACCCCAAAAGAUAUAAUAAAAUUGCCACAAAAUCCGAUUUCUAAAAAACCUGUUAAGGAUGAACCAGCCUUAAGACCAUUAAUAGCUACCCCACGACCUCUUCAAAAGAAAUCGCCGCAAGUUAUUCAUUCUUCUAGUUCUUCUGAAAGUUCUUCGGAUGAAGAUUCAUCAGAUGAAGAUAACGAAGACGACGAAGAUGAAUCAGAUACAAGUGAAGGAUCGACGGAAUUUUUUGAAUGUGAAAAUAAUCCAGACGGCAGGACAUCUACUGGUUCUAAUGACUCUGGGUUCGAUUCUUCUGCACCAACCUCACCCGCAGGAUUUGUUCAAAUUAAAAAAGAUUGUGAUGUAAACUGUCAUCGCAAGUGUGAAAAAUUGACCGCUAACUUAUGUGGAGUGAACCAGCGACUUCUUGUAGAAGCGUUAGCUUCUCGCACUGCAUCUAAACGAGGUGGAGACAGUCCUGGGACAUCAACCGGUGUGCCUGCACAAGGCGACACCCACGAUUUAUUGGAACAAGAGCUCGAACAAUCAACAGCCUACGGGUUAUUCCGAAAAACUGGCCGUUUCACACCACCCGCCCGCUCCAUACCUCGAUUCCGGAAGUAUACCAUUGAAGACUUCCACUUUAUUAAAGUAUUGGGAAAAGGAAGUUUCGGAAAGGUUUUGUUAGCAGAACUGAAGGAUACAGAAUACUACUACGCGGUAAAAUGUCUAAAGAAAGAUGUAGUUUUGGAGGACGACGAUGUGGAAUGUACUUUGAUAGAAAGGAAGGUUUUAGCGCUUGGCACCAAUCAUCCGUACCUUUGUCAUCUCUUUGCUACCUUCCAGACUGAUUCUCACCUCUUCUUUGUGAUGGAGUAUUUAAAUGGUGGUGACCUGAUGUUUCACAUUCAACAAAGUGGACGGUUUCCGGAGACGCGAGCGCGAUUUUAUGCAGCAGAAAUUGUUUCAGGCUUGAAGUUCCUACAUAAAAGAGGCAUUGUUUAUAGAGAUUUGAAAUUGGAUAAUAUUCUUUUGGAUUUCGACGGACACGUACGUAUAGCGGACUUCGGAAUGUGCAAGCUGCAGAUAUACCUGGAGAAAACGGCGGACACGUUCUGUGGUACACCGGAUUACAUGGCACCUGAAAUAAUCAAGGGUUUAAAAUACAAUCAAACUGUAGAUUGGUGGUCAUUCGGCGUUCUUCUGUACGAGAUGCUAAUAGGGCAAAGUCCAUUCAGUGGUUGUGACGAAGAUGAGCUCUUCUGGUCCAUCUGUAAUGAAAUGCCUUCGUAUCCACGCUUCCUUUCGCAACAAGCACUUACCAUACUGACAAGGCUGUUGGAUAAAGAUGCCAAAUCGCGAUUGGGUGGAGCUGAAUGUAUGCACGGAGAUAUCAGGGACCAGGAGUUUUUCAGUCCUAUUCAUUGGGACAAACUAGAGCGGAGGGAACUGGAAGCACCCUUCAAACCACGUGUGCGCCAUCCGCUUGAUACGCAAUACUUUGACCGCGCGUUCACCGGCGAACGUCCACGCCUGACGGCCGUGGAACCGCACGUGCUGCGCUCUAUGGACCAAGGGCCCUUCAGAGGAUUCUCUUACACCAAUCCGAAUGCGACAGACCGCUAAUAGUAUCCGGAUUUGUAACAAGGAUGUGGAUAUUGAAAAUAUAUUGACAGACGUCACACCCAAUUCAGUGAUGUCAGGCUGACGAUGGAGAACUAAGUAGGUCUGUUAGUAUCUACCGUUGUAUCUCUUAAAUAAUACUCAUAUUUGAGUCGAUAGAGUAACACGUAUUGCAUUGUAUAAAAGACGUGUAGAGUUCAAUUACAAUUCGAGGCCAUUUAGCUCAAUGGCAGCCGCCGAGAGUAGCGGCAGUAGGAGGGUGUUCUUAAAGUCAUUAUACAGUAAUUAUAAUUACUUGUAAUUAAAAUAGAUAUAACUGUUAAUUAGUUCCGUUAUAAGUUAUUAAUUACGUACUUCUAAAGUGUCUGGUACACAAAUUAAGUUUUCUUGUAUAAAGUUUUUUUUUUUUUAAUUUAGGUACCUAAUUAGGUAGCCAAACUUUAAAAUCUAAGAUAAUAAAAAAGCGAUACUGUUUUAUUUCAUUAUCAAUUUAUUCAAUUAAUUUUAUAUAAAAAUAUUAGAAUGCAUAAUAGAAAAAUUUACAUUACAUCACAAUAUUGUAUCACAUUCUAGUACCUAAAUAUGAAUGUAUUCAGAUUCGUUAGUUAAUUUAAAUGAAUCAAGUUUAUGCAGGAUUCAUGUUAUACAUUGCAUAUCAUACCUAAUAUCUAAUUAAUAAUAAUAUAUUUGGUUGUACAUUGUUUGUUAAAAAUUUAUAGCAAGUAAAAAACUAAUUAUGA